AUGAUUGAAUUCACAGGUGAAGAAAUUCUUUCAUAUCUUGAUGCUAUUGAAAAAGCUGGUGAAAAUAUGUUUCAACAUCUUACUACACUUCACAUUGAUGAUCCACAGUAUAUUGAGAGUGGCCCAUACACUCUUCUUAAGAAUCUCGAACAACAAACAGAAUACGAAUCAACUAUAAUCAGUCGAAUACUCACAGGAAAUAAUUAUCGAUUGAAAUCAAUUAUGAUCAAUGCAACUGAAUUAUAUAUGAGCAUCGAUCUACAUAAAAUUCAAAAGACAUGUUUUAACCUACACACAUUAUCAAUUAUGAUAUCCUACGACGUUGAUUUAAUUUCACUCUUCACAAUCAUUCCCAACAUUAAUUGUCUUCAUGUAUAUUUGAGACAAUUUUAUAUGUUCGAAUCAUCAGUGUGUUCAUCUAUUACAUUACUACAUCUUGUAGAAUUUUCUCUUUGGGCGGAGUUGUCUGCUGUCUGGACACUGGAUGAAUUAAUGAUCUUAUUACAUAUGAUGCCAGCUCUCCGAAGACUUUCGUUAAAUAUAACUGCACGUGAUGCAGAUCUUCUUGAUGGAGAACAAAUUCGAUCGGUCUUAUCUGCUACGAACAUUUCAGAUUUGGACACGUUCAACUAUGCAGUUGAAUAUUUGGGACCGUCAAUCGAGCAUGGCAUCAUUUUUAACCUUCCGCAAAAGUGGCUACCACAAACAAUCGCUUUUAAAUUUGAUUCAAAAUGUGGCAGUGCUUUUUUUAUAUACAAUCCCAUUUAA